AUGAGACGUGUUCUAAAUGUCUCUAAAUGUCUCUCUUUGUCUCUCUGUCGGUCUCUGUGUCUCCAGGCUCGUUUUGGGACUCUCUCAGAUUACUUCCAGGCUCUCAAGAAGGUGUUACCGGUCUCGUCUCUGCCGACGGUCCGCGGAGACUUCUUCACGUACGCCGACCGCGACGACCAUUACUGGAGCGGAUACUUCACGUCCAGACCGUUCUACAAGAGGCUGGACCGCACGCUGGAGGCCACGCUACGAGCGACGGAGAUCCUGUACAGCCUGACUCUGGCUGCGAUGCGUUCCCAUGGCGACGGUCGCCUGGCGACAGGGUUCCCGGCACAGGAUCACUUCCUGCUUCUGACGGCUGGGAGGCGGGGCUUAGCGCUGUUCCAGCAUCACGACGCUGUCACCGGCACCGCCAGAGACCCCGUCGUCAUAGACUACGGAAACAGGUGCUACUUCCUGUUAGCAUGGGGAAUAUGUUAGCAUAAAAAGUAAGGAAACGUGUGUUCGGUAGAUUAUUUCUUCUUUGUUGAUUCUCA